CGAGGUGGGCGGAGUUAUGUGACGUCACGCCGUUAUCCGGUAAGGAGUCUCGUUCGAUGCCGCUUCAGCAGGACCACAUCAUCAGAACCAGGAGAAGAGAACCGGGAGCUGUGUUUGAGAACCGUACAGAGCCGCGGGAGAACCGGUCAGAGCCGCGGGAAAACCGUACAGAGCCGCGGGAGAACCGAAUAGACCCGCAGAGAACCGGACAGAGCCGCAGAGAACCGGACAGAGCUGCAGAGAACCAGACAGCGCUGCGGGAGAACCGGACAGAGCCGCAGAGGACCUGACAGAGCCGCGGGAGAACCGCACAGAGCCACGGGAGAACCAGACAGCGCUGCGGGAGAACCGGACAGAACCGCGGGAGCUCCAUCACUCCACAGGCUCGGUCCUGCUGCUGCGCACGGUAGGUCAUCCUUUGUUGGACGAAUGAUCUGCACCAGUGCUGUGAGACCUUUAUGUGAUGGACGAGGUUCUCAGUGAGCUUCACUGAUUGUGUCUGGAGCACCUUGAAGAGGAACUGAUUUACUCCCUUUGUCUCUGUGUCUCUUUUGCAUGCCAGUGCCAUGGUUCUUUCAAAAAAAGCUCUUUCUGAGAACAUUCACUGUCCAAGCUGCAGGAUUUGCAAACACAGCCUGUGGCUAGGCAAGAUGUUUUUCUUCUCUUCUGCAUGGGGCUAGAAGGUCCAAAAACUCGCCCACUUUCUACACGCCAAUGGUUUCAGCUUGAAUUCUGGACCAUCCUCAAAAAUGAUCUAUUGACUGAGUUGGUAUCCAGAGCAUUGUGGGAUCACCUCAUCCACCUCCUGCCUGAGAUGAACACGGUGCUUGUGUAGUUUUUUUUCUAUAAGUGACUCAUUGUGAGCUCUGGAGUGAGGAGGAUUUGUGCUCCAUGGCAUGGGUGAAGCUGUUCAGGAAGCCAGGGAGCGGUGGCAUUGGUGCUGGUACAGGAAGCAUCUCAGGUCCAGGUUUGGGGAAAUCCUAUCAGCCAGGAAGCAUGCUCUCACUGGCUCUCACCAAGGGUCUGCUCAACGAACCUGGACAGAACAGCUGCUUCCUGAACAGUGCUGUGCAGGUUCUCUGGCAGCUGGACAUCUUCAGGAGAAGUCUGAGACAGCUCUCAGCUCAUUUCUGCUUAGGGGACGCCUGCAUCUUCUGCGCUUUAAAGAGUAUCUUCAGUCAGUUCCAGCAGAGUCGGGAGCGAGUGUUGCCCUCAGACUCGCUGCGUCAUGCUCUGGCCGAGACUUUUAAAGACGAGCAGCGUUUCCAGCUGGGCCUCAUGGACGACGCUGCUGAAUGUUUUGAAAACAUUUUGGAGAGGAUUCAUCUGCACUUGGUGUGUGAUUCGGGUGAAGUUUGUACCUCCAGGUCCUGCAUCACGCACCAGAAGUUCGCCAUGACUCUGUAUGAACAGUUUGUGUGUCGGAGUUGUGGAGCGUCGCUCGAUCCUCUGCCUUUCACUCAGUUAGUGCACUACGUGUCCACUACAGCCCUCUGUCAGCAGGUGGAGCGUGUGUUAGAGAGGACGGACAGACUGCGCUCUGACAUGUUCAGUGAACUGCUGCAGGCAGCAAACACCAUCGGAGAUCUACGCAACUGUCCUAGUAACUGUGGCCAAAGCAUUAAGAUCCGCCGAGUGCUGAUGAACUGUCCAGACAUCGUCACCAUCGGCUUUGUGUGGGACGCUGAGCAGUCUGAUCUCACCGAGGACGUGAUCCGCUCUCUCGGCUCUCACCUCAACCUGUCCGGGCUCUUCUACAGAGUUACUGAUGAGAAUGUGAAGAAGCGAGAGCUUCACCUGGUGGGAAUGAUCUGCUACUCCAGCCGCCAUUACCUCGCCUUCGCCUACCAUACCAAGUCCUCCAAAUGGGUCUGCUUCGACGAUGCAACUGUCAAGGAGAUUGGUUCGAAAUGGAAGGACGUGGCGUCUAAGUGUAUCCGAGGACAUUUCCAGCCGCUUCUUCUGUUCUAUGCAAACCCAGACGGCAGCGCCGUGUCCAAUGAAGACGCCCCGCGACACACCACCAUGUGCUCCCAGUACAAAACUGCCCUCAAUGGGGAGGGGCCAGCUGAUGUCACCAUCUCAGGGCCAAAAAGACAUGACGGAGGAAGAGAAGCUGCAGCGUCACUGCGCAAUAAUCACAAACACGCACUGCAGGCAGCCUGCCGACUUAAAGUUCAUGCUGAAAGUCUGAGAGAGACGACUCACACCGCAGAGAGAGCGAGACGAGACACUGACCGAGUCCAUCGCAGGGCAGAUUCUCUACAACACAGAGACCUGACAUAUCCAAGACUAUCAGCUCCUUCUGAGAAUGGCUCUUGCUUUCACUCUGGCCUAAGAACACCCAGAAUGCCCCGCCCCAAUCGCCCUGAUCGCUCCACCCCCCACACCAGCAUGGUUGGAGGUUCAGGAGGAAAGACCAAGCCGUCCUGGCGUCCUGUGCGCGAAGUCCUGAAUGUGGACAGAGUUCUAAGUGAACUGGAACACAGAAGAGAGCAGCAGCAGCUUAAUGGAAGUCCACGUUGUAAUCGGCAUCAGGAAAGAGUUGGGUCCGAGCACAGACCCCGAGCUUUAAUGACCAUCUACGAGGACGAGACGAGGCCGGAGACAGAGAGCCACAGCUCCCAGGAGUCUCGACGUGACACAGUGCUUAGGGGCGGAGCCACCGCAGUACCCAGAGCAGACCAUUGGACAAUCCAGAGGACGGAGUCCGGUUACGAGAGCAGUGACAGACUAAGCAGCGGUUCUGCCAAUGCAGACUCUCCUGGAGUGGAGAACCUGUUGGGGAACGAAGUACAACGACUCAAGGCUGAACAGCCCAGGGCUCCAGCACACACUCACAGCCGAGUGGAGGAUAGAACAGAGACGCUGAUUCACACUAAACAUGUGUUGAAGAUUCAGGGACGGAACUCCGAGGUGCUGCUAAAAGGAAGCCCGAACUCCAGUCUCAGGAGGAAUCUGAGAUACUCGUCCUCAGAGUGUAACAGUUCCGAUGAGACGAGCAACGGUGCGUCCGAGCAGGAGGACAGCGCUUACCGCUCCAGCACAAGCGAGACCGCGCUUGCAGAGUCAGCCUUGACCACGCCCACUCCGCCCACACGACCCAAACACGCCCAGAGGGUGGCAGAGGCCCGGAGAGAGCCGCCUUUCCGCCCUCGACUCCUCCAGACACCGGCAUCUGAUCUGAAGAGUGGCGCGGGAGCGGAUCGCAGAGGCGAGGAGGCGGCCGAGGUGGAGCAAAGUCGCGGUAAAGCUGGAGUCGCCCUCACCACGUAUUUCUCUGUGGACAACUGCAUGACCGACGCCUACAGACUGAAGUACCAUCACCAGAGACCGCUGGUGCUCAGCAUGGCUCCUCCUCCCUCAGAUCACACCAAGAACCGAGCUGACACCGGUUCAAGCAGCAAUAAAUCCAUCAGGAAGUGGAACCCGGUGACUCCGAAGGGACUGGACGAGCAUGGAUAUCUUUGAAGGUGUGAGGAGAAGUCAAGUGUCCUCGUCAAUACUCGGGUGUGUUGGAUAAACAGACCCCAUACUGCAGUGUGUUGAAGCUCGCUCAUGCAGAGUCAUGUGUUUUACACACAAUAAGAGCAAGUUUCUGUUUUCCUCUGAAGGACCCGUGUUCUAAAUGCAGUUUAAAGCUGAAGGCCAAAGAAUUGAGGAGAGCAGAUCUUCAUGGAUCAGUGAAGGACAUGUUAAUGCUAGAAUUCUGACUGGAAUUCAACACAUACACUAGACUUAUUCAUCUAAACAAUCCAGAAUUUCCUAUAAUUGGGAGGUGGUGUGGAGUAAAGUGGUGGAGUAAUUGGGAGGUGGUGUGGAGUAAAGUGGUGGAGUAAUUGGGAGGUGUGGUUUGGAGUGGUGGAGUAAUUGGGAGGUGUGGUUUGGACUGGUGGGGUAAUUGAGAGGUGUGGUUUGGAGUGGUGGGGUAAUUGGGAGGUGUGGUUUGGAGUGGUGGGGUAAUCGGGAGGUGGUGUGGAGUAAAGUUUAAGAGUAAUUGGGAGGUGUAGUUUGGAGUGGUGGAGUAAUUGAAAGGUGUGGUUUGGAGUGGUGGAGUAAUUGGAAGGUGUCGUUUGAAGUGGUGGGGUAAUUGGGAGGUGGUGUGGAGUAUUAGAGUAAUUGGGAGGUGUAGCUGGACAUCCCUCUCCCAGUGUCGUCAUGUGGAGUAUUAGAACCGGACUUCAUAUGAGACGACUAUAACGAUGUCCUGUAUAUGUAUUUUCAGAAAUAUCUAUGCAUUAAUUUUUAUUCUUUGUUUAAUAAAUUGAUUUAAAACA